AAUGCAUAGUUAAUACAUAGAGUCCCUCUCCCUCCUUCUCUCUCUCUGUCUCUCUCUUUUUGCUUUUGCUUUUCCUUUCCUUUCCUCCCUAUUAGCCUCUGCAAUGGUUCUUCUUUCUUGUCAAUCUUCUUCUUGUUCUUGUUCCUUUGGGUCAUGUUUAACAAUUCUAUGUCUACUUCUGGUUCAAUCCCACAUAGCUUCCUCAGCCAUCCUAAUGAGCUUGAAACACCACCACAACAACCACCAACACACUCGGCCCAUGAUCCAAGCAAACCAAAGCACCUGUGCAUUGUUUGCCGGCAAUUGGGUCCGUGAUGACACAUACCCAGCCUACCAAUCUGGUAACUGUCCAACAGUCAUAGACUCUGAGUUCAACUGUCAAAUGUUUGGUCGGCCGGACUCCGAAUACCUUAAAUAUCGAUGGAAGCCCCUCAACUGUGAGCUCCCAAGGUUCAAUGGGCUUGAGUUUUUGCUGAGAAUGAGAGGGAAGACUGUGAUGUUUGUUGGUGAUUCGCUUGGCCGGAAUCAAUGGGAGUCUUUGGUUUGCAUGAUCUCAGCUGCAGCGCCUACAACCCAAAUACAAAGCAUCAGGGGUGAUCCCCUUUCAACCUUUAAGUUCUUGGACUAUGGCGUGUCCAUAUCAUUUUACAAAGCUCCAUAUCUGGUUGACAUUGAUAUGGAACAAGGAAGGAGGGUCCUAAGGCUGGAGGAAAUAUCUGGUAAUGCCAGGGCAUGGGGGGGCGUUGAUGUGCUAUCUUUUAACACCGGCCACUGGUGGACCCACAAAGGAUCUCUCCAAGGGUGGGAUUACAUGGAAUCAGGAGGGAAAUAUUACCAAGACAUGGAUCGUUUGGCUGCCUUGGACAAGGGACUUAGGACAUGGGCCAAUUGGGUUGACACCAACAUUGACACCAGCAAAACCAGAGUCUUCUUUCUGUCCAUAUCUCCGACACACUACAACCCAAAUGAAUGGAGUGUGGGCGCGACGACAACGACAUCAAAGAAUUGCUAUGGUGAAACGGCACCAAUGAGUGGAACAACAUACCCAGGAGGAUACCCUGACCAAAUGAGGGUGGUGGAUACAGUGCUAAGGGACAUGAGGAGCCCUGCAUAUUUGUUAGACAUAACCAUGCUGUCGGAGCUGCGGAAAGACGGCCACCCUUCCAUUUAUAGUGGCGAUUUGAGCCCCGAGCAGCGGGCAAACCCCACCCGGUCCGCCGAUUGUAGCCAUUGGUGCCUUCCUGGAUUGCCUGAUACUUGGAACCAACUAUUCUAUACGACUUUGUUCUCUUGAGUUUGGAUUGUUGGAUACUAGCUAGCCCAAUAGUUUUAAUUUUUGUGAUAUGUUUGAUGAGAGAGUUGCAAAGUUACACCUCUUUCUCAUGUAAAGUAAUGCAUAUUGUUGGGAAUCAAGAAAUAAGGCCACUCAUUUCAUUGUUGGAUAUUGUAACUUAUAUCUCUUUCAUUGCUUACCCAAAGGGGUAAUUCAUGUUCUAUGUUAAAGUUCGAAUGAAAUGAUUAAAUUUGUUAUAUUU